AUGCAUACGGCGUCUCUGGAUUUGAAUUUCGGACAGGAGUCCCAGGGUAUCUCCUACGGCUCCAGUAUGGACAGUUGGAGUGGAAGCGUUCCUAGCGUAACUUCCAGCGCCCAUCCAGGCAUAAAAUCUCGUUUAUCUUCGGUCGGAAACGCAACCUCCUCAACGGGAGCUUUUGGGAAUACCAUGUGGUCGAAUACGCAGCAAUCUGGACCACUCACUAGUCCAUUUGCCUCGAGUUCACAAACGUCUGUGCCCUUUACCCAGACGAAUAGUCUAAUCACAGACUCGAGCAUUGGAUCAAACUUGGCAGGAGGAUACAACUCGCCCGUUGUAGGACCACAGGGAGGUGCCCAUAACAUCUUUAUCGCACCUGAGCCGGAAGAUAAAUCGGAGGCAUAUCUAGACGGCAGUGGAGCAGUCACAAUGGAUUUUAUAAGUUCCCCUCUCGACAAACAAGGGUUUUCUAUGGGUAAGUUGAGUGUUGGCACCGAGCUAUGCUCGGGUAUAGAGCAGUCGUGUAUCAUGCAUGACUGGCUAGGCAUUGUAGAUGCCAUUAGUGUGCAUGUAUAA